UUGUCGGGCAGGCUAAGCGCAGAACAAUACCUUUGAGCCACAGUGGCUUUGCCGCAGCCCGGUGAACAGGAUGCUACUGGGUCUCCUUCUGGUCGCUGCUUCAGCUCCUCUAGUGUGGACCAAGGCUCCCACCACCAGUUCUCUGAAAGUGAACCUCUUCGUGGACAAUGUCCUCCGCUCAUCUCUUCUGCCACCGGCUACACCCCUGCAAGACUUCGAGUUCAAGGUUAAGAAAACGGGGAUGACGAACCGUCAGCUGAAAGCCAAGUUCCGCAACGGUGCCCUGCGCCAGGGCAGCUCCCGUGUGGCAAGAGACGAGGAUUGUGGCGAUCCCGUCUGGAUGGGCGGCAACAUCACCGUCGUUUGCAGCGUCAGUCUGGGUCCCGUCAACGCCACAUACGACGCUGAGAUCAAGGGAGAUACAUUAUUUGGCAAGACAAAGAAAGAAGUGCGUGCCCUGGGCGUCAUCCCAGCGACCAAGGCAAAGUUCGAAGCGACUGUUCGACCAGGUUACCCGCUCUACGUGAAAGGCAUCUAUUUCGACAGCCUGGACGUGGAAAGCGACUUCUCCAAGAAAGUCAACCUUAACGCCGAGCGGUUGCAGCAUUUGAAAGACGGCUUCGAGAAGAGAGUCCUGAGUCAAGUGUACAAUGUCCUGUACAGCCACUAUGUCAUGCUGCUCAAGGGGAUGCUGCAGUCGGCUCCUUUUCCAGCUUUCUAAUGAAAUUCAGUCGGAACUACAGAAACAUCGAAAAUAAAGUCCAUCGUUUCUCAUUCUAA